AUGCCUCUCCCACCACGAUUGUUUCCUGGGGACGAGGAGCUGGGCAAGAGAGAUGAUGAUCAUAAGCCGGGAACGAAGAAUACACUGGGCCAUGUUUGGAGACAGCGCCGAUUGCCUCACGGCCCUCCUCGCAGAAGUAUGAAACGGGCAGCGCUGGUGGUUCUCGCAUUGGUCGCACUCUUCUACUUCUUCAAGAAUAUGCCAACAGACCUCAGAAACCCACGGCCAAGACCUUACUACGGCGAACCGCCGGGAAAGUCCUCUGCAAUAGCUGGUUCGAGGCGGCCGCCUUCAGUCAGUGAGGGUGCCACACCCAGCCAUGGGCACGAGGAAACCGCAGAGAUGCCGCAGCACGAUUACAAUGGCCCAAUCAAAUUCUACCAGCUUGCCUCAUCGUUGCACGCGUUUGCGAAGGCUAAGGGCCCGGAAAGGAUCAAUCGGAAUGUGCUAUUUGCGGCGGCCAGUCUGAAGAGUGCCUCGACACUCCUACCUAUAGCCUGUGAGAUGGCGAUUAGAGAAAGAAAUGAUGUACAUUUUGCUUUCAUGGGAAGGGAUGAUAUAUCGAUGGAUAUGUUGAAAUCGAUAAACGGUGUUGCGAAAGAGUGCAAAAUCAUAUAUCACGAUGCGCGACCGGAUUUCUCUGCUGAAAGUUCAGACUUCCGCAUGGAAGUCAGUUGUUCAGCAGGUUUCAACCACAUAAACACGUUUGUGCACCCGCAAGCAACUUUCAUCGAUGGAUCUGGGGAAGAAGAUACCUUUUUCCUGAGGGGCUUGAUGGGACGCGCAAACGCUCUAGGACGGACGGUUAUUGAGAUGCCUGACAACGCGGAACAGAAUUUGAUGUGGGUUACACUGCUGGAUAGUGCAUCGCUGAGUGCGUGGAAUAAAGUUAGCAUUGAUAUACUUGUGCAUGCGCCGCCGUCCUCCUCUGGGUCUUUGAUAAGAUUACUUGAGUCUCUGAAGAGGGCUGAUCUCUUCUCCUCUGUCCCGCCCAGACUGACCAUUGAACUGCCUCAUGAUGUGGAGGAACCUACAAGACGCUAUCUUGAGCACUUCAAAUGGCCACCGAAUCUCGCCCACAACGCUGGAAAUCUGCUGACGCUUCAUCGUCGGAUCCCGCAACAUGGGCUUACAGCAGAAGAGAAUUCGAUUAGAUUCCUCGAAUCUUUCUGGCCCGCGGAUCCACCAUCGUCACAUGUUCUUGUCCUUUCACCCCAGGCAGAGCUAUCACCCCUUUUCUUUCAUUACCUCAAAUACACCAUGCUCGAGUACAAGUAUUCUGCGAGCAAGGUAGAUGCCCAUCAGAAUCUACUAGGUAUCAGCCUUGAUCUACCCUCUACGUAUAUCAAUGACUCUACCGGGUUCACACCACCUUCAACAAAUGGGCCAAGUGGUGCAGAUAUCACUCCAUUUCUUUGGCAGACGCCAAACAGCAAUGCGGCCUUAUAUUUUGGUGAUAAAUGGGUUGAGCUACACGAUUUCGUGACCCACUCGCUCACCUCUCAACAUACACUGCCGACUCCAACCACGCUGAAUGGGAAGCUUGUCAGCAAAACUCUCCCAUCUUGGCUGGAGCAUAUCCUGCAGUUAUCACGUGCACGGGGUUACUGGACCCUCUAUCCUAAUCUUGAGAAUUUAGAUGCACUGGUCACUCUCCACAACGAUCUCUAUCAACUGCCGGAAGAAUAUUCCGAAGAGUCUGAUAUGGGAAUUCCCGAUCUCAGUGCCGAUCUCACUGCUGACCCAGCUCAUCCACUCAAACACACCGAAGUACCACUUGUUACCAAAUCGUUACUUAGCGCCCUCCCAAAUUCUGGUAAUCUUCCUAGCAUGGUAGAGAUGCCGCUACUUACCUGGGAUGGAGAGAAAGUAAAUAUGACUGAGAUGGAGGAGCGCGCGGCUAACUAUAGUCGGAUUUUCAGACAUGAGAUUGGCGGUUGCGAUAUAUCUGCUGUGGAAAAGACGAGGAUUGGGCUUACAGCUGGAGACCUGUUCUGUCUAAAUGACAAGGACUGA